AUGCGCGAGUUAUUACUUGUACGAAAACUAGAAGAAGAAAAUGCAAAAAAAAAUAAACAAAAUGAGCUACCCUCACCUACUUCACCUGAAAACACAUCCAACAUUGACUCUUGCACCGAAAAAUCACAUAAGCAAGAGACGCAAGAGGUGCAUCAAGAUACACAUGAUAUUACACUGAACAACAAUAGUGAAAUUAGUUUGUUGUCAGGAGAGAAUACGCAGAAUAACCCCGAUAUUAAUAUUGUUCAGAAUCAGACUGCCAACAUUUUGAAUACAGAAAUCCAGCAGCAAUUACCCAUACUUCCAGACGACAAUAAUUCGAUACUUAUCCCUCUGGGAACUUCGACUUCUAAUGACGUUACUUCCUCUGAUAAGACCAUUCAUUCAGUUGAACUUGCAGAAAAUAUAAACGAUUUACCCGAAGAAAAGAAACAUGAUGUACUACAAACGAAACGAGAGAGCCUUAAAGAGUUUUUUCUUCAAAAGCAACCAUAUAUACAUAAGGACUCUUACAACAAUAAUCCUGCAUUAGAUCCGGAUUUAAUAGAAACAGAGAGCCAAUCACCUUUAUCUCCAAUUUCAAGUAAGCAGAUUAAGAAAGGAAAUACAAAUUUAUCAGACCCAGAAAACUUGCCAUUAGAUAGUUCUAAUCAUCAAACUGAUCAAAUAGAUAGCAAAUUAAACUUUGACGAAAAACGUCAAAAAGCAGCAGCGGAUC